AUGAUCGAAGGCCGUUUUUACACUGUAUCCCAAUACACCUUUUGGUGUACUCACCAUGAUUUGAACGUAUCUGAACUUUGUGCAGACAAAGAUCAGCUCACAACUUCUGACACACCAAGCUUGCUACCUCUGUCUUACCUUGAACCACUCUACCCAUCACAUGAUCUUCGUGUUACAGACUGGCGAUCUACACACGCCGCACCCACCGACGCACAUUACUAUUCACGUGAUAUUAGAGAGAGAGAGAGAUAA